CCAAAGUACAGAAAUUUUAAUUAUUCAAAAAAGAAGAGUGGUUACUUGAUUUUUUAAAUAUUUUAUUACAGAAUGGGAAUCAUACGGAGUAUCUUCCCUCUUGAAGUACUUAGUAGAAUUACGCAGUAUCUUAGCAUAAAGGAUAUAAAGAGAUUAAUGUGCGCCUCAGAUGGGAUUAGAAAGGCAAUAGAGGCAAAUCCAAUUAUAUGGAAGCAAAAAUUAAAAGAAAGAGAAAGAGACUGCACAAAUGGAAACUAUUUAGUUGAAGUGAAAAAGGAGUGCAUUCUUACACAUAGUUGGAUAAAAAACAUUGGCAACAGUACCAAUAGUAUUAAGCACACACCAAACUGUGAAAUUACUAAAAUUACAGCAUAUGGCGAUAUGAUUGUUGUAUCUAGCAACUCAACACAUCUCUAUGUAUUAGAUAAGUCAUUAGGGUAUAUUAGAAAAUUAAAACAAGCAAAGGGAAGUAUUUGGACAUUUGAUUAUGCCAAUAAUGUGCUUGUAUCCGGCAGCACGGAUAAAUCUGUAAGAGUAUGGGAUAUUUUCUUAGGUAUUAGCAUAAAAACUCUGUCUGAACAUAAAUCCACAGUAAGAACGGUUCUUCUAGCAGAUAAAUAUGUUAUAAGUGGAUCUAGGGACUCUACUAUACGUGUGUGGGAUUUGAAUACUGGGGGUGUGAUUCAUGCGCUAAACGGGCAUACAGGAAGUAUCCGGGAUAUGGUGACAGUGAAAAAUAAAUCACUAUUAAUUUCGGGCUCGUAUGACGGCACCUGCAUACUAUGGAACUAUCGCACAGGGGAAGGUAUCCGAUACUUGAUAAAACUUUCCAGGAGGAUAUAUAAAGUACAGUGUAUUGGGGAUUGGGUAGCAGUAGGGGGAAUGGACCAGAAAUUGCAUGUGGUUACUUUAGAUGGCAACCAUGUAUUUAGCAGCGCCGCACAGAAUGGAACUAUUUUCCAAAUUAAAGCAGACAGUGAGCAAUAUAUAUAUACACUAACUGCAAAUGGAACAGUUUCUAAAUGGAAUGUAAGAAAGAAGGAACAAGUUUACCAGAUUGAUACGCAUACCAAGGCCAUAGACAUUUAUAUUAUAAACCAUCUGUUGGUAGUUGGCCUUAUUGAUAGAAUAGAUUUGUACUGUAGAGAGAAAGGUAUCUUUAUAAGAACUGUGGCUGUGAUUGAUAUGUUAUAUAGUGUAUACUGCGAUAACACAGUGCUUAUAUACGGAUAUAAAGAUAAUGGGCUAUGUAAGCUUACAUCAAUUCAAUAUAAAAACAUAUUAUAGUAAAAUUGUAUACAUACCCUAAACAUCCAACUUGAAAUAUUAAAAAGAGGUUAUAAUAAGUAUUUUGCACCAUUACACGUAUACGCCCGAAAUUCAUAUAAAUUAAGUCUCUAUUAACAACAAGUUAAUGACUCUGCUGUAAGACAAUCCAC